CGCCCUCUCCCCACCCUUACAUUGUGUGUGUGGGGGGGAUCAAGCCGCACUCUUCUUGCAGUCUACAUGACAGCCAGCGCAAGAGGGGACGAGCAACUGCGAGGAAAGAAAGCGACCCAACGCACGCACGCAGGCACGCACGCACGCAGGCACCCACCGACUGCAUGAUUUUGGAGCUUUUUGACAACUUUUUGUCCAUGUCACCGUCACACCUGAAGCCAGGACAGCCAGCGGCCGCAGCAAAACUCUUUGCCUUCUUCUCGACGGAUUAAUUGAACCAGACCGGGAUUGGAUAGCCUGGUUAUGGAUUUUAACCUCCUGACGGAUGGUGACGCCCGCAGCCCGGCGCUGUCGCUCUCCGACUCCGGAACUCCGCAGCACGACCAGGGAUGCAAAGGCCAGGAGAGCAGCGACACAGAGAAAUCCCAGCAGAACCAGCUGGAUGAAUCCAGUACUGAUGACGGCUCGCUGAAGAAGAAGCAGCGCAGGCAAAGGACGCACUUCACCAGCCAGCAGCUUCAGGAGCUGGAGGCCACCUUUCAGAGGAACCGCUACCCCGACAUGAGCACCAGAGAGGAGAUUGCCGUAUGGACCAAUCUCACUGAGGCACGGGUCAGGGUAUGGUUCAAGAACCGACGUGCCAAGUGGAGAAAGCGCGAGAGGAACCAACAGGCCGAAUUGUGCAAGAACGGCUUUGGCGCCCAGUUUAACGGACUGGUGCAACCCUACGACGAUAUGUACGCCGGUUACUCGUACAACAACUGGGCCAGCAAGAGUUUAGCCGGCGGCCAACUCUCUGCCAAGAGCUUCCCCUUCUUUAACUCCAUGAACGUAAGCCCCCUGUCGUCCCAACCCAUGUUCUCUCCCCCGAGCUCCAUCCCCUCAAUGAACAUGGCUUCCGGCAUGGUGCCCUCAGCAGUGCCCGGUGUUCCUGGAACGGGCCUCAACAACUUGGGAAACCUUAACAGUCUCAACAGCCCCACGGCGGCGGCGGCAGCGGCGGCGGCGGCGGCGGCCACUUGCCCGUACGCCGGCGCGGCCAGCCCCUACAUGUACAGAGACACCUGCAACUCCAGUCUGGCCAGUCUGCGACUUAAGGCCAAGCAACAUACCAACUUCGCAUAUCCCAGCGUGCAGAAUAGCGUGUCAAACCUCAGCCCCUGCCAGUACGCCGUCGAUCGGCCGGUAUGAGCUCCCGCUCUCGGUCUUGGACUGUCCCGCUUGGGUUCCAUCUCUAAAGUGCCGGAUGUGUCGCAGACUGAAGCCAAUAGGGCAGGCAAUUACGCCAAACCGAUACGAGAAAUAACGGAAACGCCCGUGAUGGACCAGCCUGGCGCAAAGGAACACUUUGCCGACUGACCAACUGCAACUACAUUUCAAGGAGGAAAAAAAAACAACAACAACAAAAUAUCCCAAAACGUCAUUUUCUAAAUUGCAUGAUUAGUUGAUUAAGUCAGCACGGGCCAAUGAGACAGAAAAGCUUCAACAUCAGGAAGCUGCGGUUUCCAUGUUGGAAAAACCUGGGCUGUACAUAACAGACUCUUUUCAGUUUUGUAAUAUGGGACAAAAUAGGAUAUGAAAACAGAUGUAGUACUUUAAGAAUGGAAAAAAGAAGCAUGCUCCUCAAACGCAAAGCUCCAGGCUUGACCUCCUUUGGGAAAAUGAAUACUUGUGUUGUGAAUUCCGUUCCCCCCGGGAAGGUCACAGGUCAAAGGCCAAUUUCGGUAAGCCAGAGGAGGGCAGUGCUGGAUUACAAAAAUAUCCAGCUUGAUGCAACAAGUAGGAAUAUCAUCAACCUUUUCACCAUGAAAAAGCCAUUGCUUAGAUUGAGUUGUGUGCUGUUCUACAAAGCGAGUAUGUGAAAGUCAAAUAGAUGUAAGAGUGCAGUUGUUAUAAGAAAAAAGAUGUUUUUUUCCCCCUGAUGUAGCCUGCUUUGUCUCAUUAAAGAACAAAUGAAAAGAACAGUUUU